GGGGGGGGGGGGGGACAAUGAAACUGUAAGAAUUCAACACUAGGAGUGAAAGUCCGGCAGAUCUUCAAGUUUGGACCGAGCCAAGUCCCAGAGAAAAAAAACCUCCUUCUCCUCCUCCUCCUCAGACCUCCUCCUCCUCCUCCUCCUCCUCCUCCUCCUGGGCUGCUUCUUGAAUCCUAAAGCAUCUUCACAGACUCGCACAGCGAGUCUGUGAGCAGGUGAGAGAGGGACACUGUCUGCCCCACUGUCCAGCGACACCAUGAGCUGGAGCUUCCUCACGCGGCUGCUGGAGGAGAUCCACAACCACUCCACCUUCGUGGGGAAGCUGUGGCUCACCGUGCUCAUCGUCUUCCGCAUCGUCCUCACGGCCGUCGGGGGAGAGUCAAUCUACUACGACGAGCAGAGCAAGUUUGUCUGCAACUCGGGGCAGCCGGGCUGCGAGAACGUCUGCUACGACGCCUUCGCCCCGCUUUCGCACGUCCGCUUCUGGGUUUUCCAGAUCAUUCUGGUGGCCAUGCCGUCCCUCAUGUACAUGGGCUACGCAGUCAACAAGAUUGCACGGCUGGAUGAAGCCAAGGGAGGAGCUGGUGCCGCCGCGGUAAGAACCACCGGAGGAGGGGGCUACACGCACAGGAAGCCCAGGAAAAUCUGCUUCGGGGCACGGCAGCACCGGGGCAUCGAAGAGACCGAGGAGGAUCACGAGGACGAUCCCAUGAUCUACGAGGUCCCGGAGAGCGAGCCUCCCAAAAGGCCUCGCGAUCCGCUGCAGCCCACGCCCAGACCCAAGAUCCGGCACGACGGUCGCACGCGCAUCCGAGACGAGGGGCUGAUGCGAGUCUACGUUCUGCAGCUGGUGAGCCGCACGGUUCUGGAGGCGGGCUUCCUCACGGGUCAGUACUUGCUGUAUGGCUUCCGCGUGAUGCCAGUCUUUGUGUGUUCGGGGAAGCCUUGCCCCCACAGCGUGGAUUGCUUCGUGUCACGGCCCACGGAGAAAACCAUCUUCCUGCGCAUCAUGUACGGAGUCACUGUCCUCUGCCUGACGCUCAACGUUUGGGAGAUGCUCCACUUGGGCGUCGGCACCAUCUGCGACAUUCUCCGCCGUCGUCGCUGCCCGCCUCCGGACGACGAGUACCAGCUAGGCUUGCUGGGCACCAACGUUGGCGGCGAGGGCUCGGUCGGGGGAGCGGGACCGGAGGCGGGUUCCGAAGGCGACGUGGGCGGCGACGGGCCCGCUGACUACGUUGGCUACCCUUUCUCCUGGAACACCCCUUCCGCGCCGCCCGGCUAUAACAUCGUGGUGAAACCGGAGCAGAUGCCCUACACCGACCUGAGCAACGCCAAGAUGGCGUGCAAGCAGAACCGGGCCAACAUCGCCCAGGAGGAGCAGCAGCAGUUCGGCAGCAACGAAGACAACUUCCCCACCGGAGGGGAGGCCCGCGUGGCCCUCAACAAGGACAUGAUUCAGCAGGCCCACGAACAGCUGGAGGCCGCCAUUCAGGCGUACAGCCAGCAGCACCGCGCCGAGGAGCAGCUCGGAGACAGCCAGGACGACAAGCCCCAGAGCAACAUUAUCCAGACUCAGCCUCACAAGGAACGCAAGCACAGACUCAAGCACGGCAAGGGGGGCGGAAGCAGCGGCGGGGGCAGCAGCAGCAACAGCAGCAGCAGCAAGUCAGGCGAGGGAAAACCCUCGGUAUGGAUUUAACCCAGAUGAGUAUGCAGUGUGCGGACCACACUGAACACCGCCUGUGCCUUAGAGCGGGGAUUCUUAAACCUUUCGGGUCCAGGGAUCCCCUACAGGGGACACGUUGUUCCAAGAACCCUGACGGUUUGACUUUUGAUGUGAUAAAGAACAAAAGUGUGUUUCCCAGAAUGAAAGUCAUGAUUUUUUGGAAUUCACUUCUAGGAGUACACAUGGUAGUUACGUUUAAUCGGUGAUAGGAUUAUAAGUGGGUCUUUGGAAAAAAAAGUGUUCUCUGUAAGGGGUCCGUGGACCCAAAAGGUUUGAGAAGACCUGCCUUAGAGAAUCCUGCAAGCUGGACAAGAUGUUUAUUCUUUGCGAGACGAUGCAGCAGAUGCUUUUGUCUGGGCUAUUGCUGUCAAACGUUGUCACUCCUGUGUCUCACUUCCCUAAAGUUUGUCCUCAUUGUCUGGCUUUUCGGAGGGGAAAUUGUCCAGUGAGAACACGCGAACCACAUCCCUGAUUUGUUUCGACUUACAAUUGAAGCAAUGACGCCAAGUUAAAAAUGCAAUAAAACCAAGGCCGGUGACUUUUCCCUGUGAAGUCAGAGGAUCAGUGUCUCGUCUCCCCUCCGUAUGUAUUUAACGGUGUUCUUGUCUCUUGUGUGUGUGUGUGUGUGUGUGUGUGUGUGUGUGUUCGUCUAUUGAGUGCUACCUUUUUUUCCCUUCCACCUCAUAUGUCCUCGAACAACAUGGUGCAUACUUUUCCGUACUUUUCUGUUCUCUCACGCCUGGCAGCUGACUGCCCCCUGUUGAAGGCUGUGCUUAUUGCAAUGCCAGGUUGCCAAUGCUUCCUCUUGCAUCCAGCAGCAGCUGUGAUGGAUCUGAAGUCUUCCCAUUGGUCCGAGCUCAUGUGAAACUCCGAGGGGUUAAAGCCAUUAAAAAAAAAAAAAAAAAAAAAAAAAA